AUAUGCCCUUUCUCUGUUAACAUCAAAUCAAAACCUCAUAAACAAACUUAACAAAGAUACAAAAAUGAGCGUGGAGUUAUUAGAUGGUGCCACCAUUGUUGGCUUUGUGGAAGAUGAUGAAGCAUUCAAUGGUUCAAUUCAAGAUCGAUUUGCUAACUUGGAUACCAACCAUGAUGGUUUGCUCUCCUACUCCGAGAUGCUAAAAGAGCUACAAUGUCUAAGAAUGAUUGAAACCCAUUUCGGGGUUGAUGUGAAGACUGAUCCAGAAGAGUUGUCUCAUGUCUAUGAUUCUCUAUUUGUGCAGUUUGAUCGUGAUUCAAAUGGAACUGUCGACUUGGAGGAGUUCAAAGCUGAGACUAAAAGAAUGAUGCUUGAUAUGGCGAAUGAUCUUGGUUUUUUGCCUGUUCAGAUGAUUCUAGAUGAAGAUAGUUUCUUGAAAAAAGCUGUUGAGAGGGAGUUUACAAAGUUGCAAUCAAAUACAUCGGCUUAGUUUUUGAGUUUUGGUUUGGCAUCAUAUAUAUGGCCAUAUACUUGUGGAAAAGGAUGCGUAUGUUUUUAAUUUCAAGAAUAAAUGGCGGGAAUAUAUAUGUCAAGAAUUAUAUUUUUACAUUGUAAAAUUACAUCAGGAGUUGCAUAUGUAUUAAAAAUAGAGUAACUUAUAUAAAUCGUACAUGUAACAUGUGGUUGUCUGUGCCUUCGCGGUCAACUUUUAAUAUUAUAUGGUCCCUGACUUUGGAUUUUGUUU